CUAGGCCAAUUCGUAAUAGAGUACGUGGGGGAACUCAUAGACGAGGAGGAGUUCCGGCGCCGCAUGGCGCGCAAACACGAGAUCAGAGACGAGAACUUCUACUUCCUCACUCUGGACAAGGAGAGGAUGAUCGAUGCCGGGCCCAAGGGAAAUCUGGCUAGGUUCAUGAACCACAGCUGUGAGCCCAACUGUGAGACACAGAAGUGGACGGUGCUGGGUGACGUGCGCGUCGGUCUGUUUGCUGUCGGCGACAUCGCCGCUAAUAGCGAAGUGACGUUCAACUAUCUGUUGGAGUGUGCGGGGAUCGACAAGAAGAAAUGUAUGUGCGGGGCCAAACGCUGCGCCGGAUACAUCGGGGCCAAACCCAAACAGGACGAAUCACAACCAAAAAAGAAUAAAAUCGCAGCAAAAAGGACAUACAAGAAGCGGAAAAACACAGAAGAAUCGCCGUCUACGAAAUGCAAGCCAAAAAGGCCAGUAGGACGACCCGCUAAGCCGAAGGAAUUGACGGAAAUUGAAAAAGACUUGCUCAUCAUUAAAAGUGCUACUAACGGAUUGUCCAGUGACUCUGAGUGUAACAGUAGGCUAAGUAGUGUGGAGGGAGACAGAAAUAGCAAAGCGUUGAAGAGGAAAAGAGUCAGCUUUUCUUCGGAAGAUAUAGUUUUGAAUUACCCUAGUGUCAAAAAGGUGAAGUUGGACGUGGAAAAGGGUGAUUUUGACUGAGUAGGUUUAAUUAGAUUUUGUGUUGUAUGAAAUUGGAUGGCGCUGUUCAUAUUGGAGGGAAAAAUGAGUGUGAAAUGUGACGGUCAGUGGUCUGUUUUUUGUUAUAUCUAUCUGUCAUAAGAGCGUGUUCUCAUCAUUGUCGGAUGUGACGCCUCGAAAUUAAGGGCCUUUGAAAAAGAAACUAAUUUUCUCUGAAGACUUUGCUGUUGUUGUCUUUGGGAAUGCCGUCGUUACCUCUAAGCAGUCAAGUCUUUAUAUCCCUUAAUCGCCUCGAACGACAUUCGUGAAAGUAUGAUGGUCUUAUUCAAGGUGGGAACCCACAGCUUUAUAUAGGGAGCCAUACACCACGAUUGUUUUUGUUAUAUAUAUAUAUAUUUUGACAUUAUUCAUUGAACAAAAAAAACCGAAUUAUUUUUUUGUUAAAUGUCCAAUUGAACAAAACCUUUUGGGAAUAUAGUCAAUGAAAUUGUGUUGAUAUUGGUUACCAAAAAUUUGGUCAUUAGUAUAAUCUAAGUUUCAAAAUUGUAUAGUGUUAGAUUGUGUUAUUAUAACUAUGCAUAUCAAAGUUAUAUUAAGUUACGUACAUAAACAUAGUACCUACUUUAUCUUUUUGUUCUUGGCUUUCCUCGUCUGUUGUAUUUCUUUUUAAAUGCCAGUUCCUAUAUUUUUUUUCUUUCAAUGGGUUUGACGCAUUGUCUAAUAAAAAUCUGUUUAACGAAAAUUUGUCUUUCUUUUAACAAUGCCGUCUUAUUUAUAUAAAGUUAAUUUCGCCAUAUUUUAGUAAUAAAAUAUUUGUUUAUGUUAGAUAGAGCUUUUUAUGAUUGACUAAAAGUAAUUGAUUUAUUAUUUUCAAAAAAGCUUACAUAUUUCUUUUUAAAAUUACUAUAUUUGGAACUGUCAAUAUGUAUAUGCUGUUUUAUUUCCUCUCUCAUCUGUGCGUGUUCCUGGUUGCUUCCUAGCGUCUGAGCCCAGAGUCCGCAAUAAUGUCUCAUACAACACCCGACAAAGCAAAAUCAGGAUUCUGUAAUGUUUGUACAUAUGAAAUUUUAGUUAUAGUUAGUAAUUUAUUACCUAUGCAUUUAGUAUUUUGUAGAAUUAUGAAUACGAAAAUUUCUACGAACCAUGGAUAUAACGGAGCCAUUAAAAAUAUAAAUAUGUAAAGUAUAAUUUUUGCAAAGUAUGUUAAGAAAGAGCUGGGCUGUCUGGCGCAGGCAUUUUUUGCCUAAUGGGCAGCUCUCACACUCAUGUGAUGUUUUACACAAUCUUGCUAAAGAAAUAAAUAUCUUUUAUUUUUAUUUUAUUUUUAAUUUUGGCAGUGUCAACCACAUUGUUUGCUACAAACAAACACUAAACAUACAACAAACAACGCUUUCUCUUGCACGAAAUAUUUUGUAUUUUUUGUAAGUCAUUUAUUAUCACAAUUGACCACGUAACGACUCGGAAAAUUCCGCUUCAUAUUUAUAACAUGAUAAACAAGAAAAUAAUGUUUAAAUCUCACAUUAUUAUAUAAUUAGAUAUUUUUGCAUUUACAAAGCCAGUUGAAACUGGUUGAUAUUUUUUUUCAAUUUUGUCAAAUUAUGGUUCGGUGGUACUAAGUGCAUAGCUACUAACUUAGUGUACAGUAGGCAUUAGUCUAGUAUAUGUGCCGAGUGCCUACGGAUGUGGUUAUACUGAUAAAUUGUAAAGAGUUUUUCAAGAAGGUAAAUAUUUUUUGCUUUCAUUUGAAAUAAACUAUUAUACUUUUA